CUGGACAAGCUGACUACAAGUAGUCCGUUUCUUAUUGCAAACGUCCAUCUUCUUCCUUCCUUUACAUAGGUCUUUUCUUUUCUUUGGGUCUGAGCUGCGCUCUCUUCUUGCUCAUUCAUUCAUAUUGCUUUCUGUCUCCCAUCUUGCACGAACCUUUCCCAUCGAUUCCUUCAACAGCAACUUUCUCCCCUUCCGAUUGAGCAGCGCUCGUUCCACUCCCUCAUAUUAAGCACACCAAUUAUCUCUGCGAAACAAUGGGAAACUUGAUAUGGCAUGAUUUGGGUCGCUUUAUCUCGAUCACUGCGAGCGUUUACGCCGUAUGGUCAAGCUUCUUCGGAUUUUAUUACCGCAAGUUCUUCUGGGACUUUGUAGGUGGAACCUUGCGUGACCCAGGAGGUAUUCAACCAGCUCCAGGCGCCGCCGUGUUCAUCACACUUAUCGUCAAAGCGCCCAUUAUCCAAAUACUUGCUAUGAUUCUUGGAAUGAUGAUAGUUGCCUUGGAGUAUUCUCUGCCAUUGGUUAAAGGACUGGCGCUAUAUCGUAGCUUUGUCGUCCGGAUCGUGCUCCUUUUUUUCCAGUCCUUCCUUUGUAUCCUCUAUUAUCAGGGAACGAAUGCUUCUCUUUGGUCUUUGAUAGCCAUUGGAUGUUAUGUACGCGCUCAGUUACUAGGCGAAGUCAUGGAGGAGGCAAAAGAAAAUCGGGUAGUAGCAAUACCCCAAAGAUUUGGUAGACCUCUGGCUAUAACGGAAAGCGCUCGUGAUGAGUCUUCACAAUCAGCAGCUUGGGUAGACUCCACCAUGUUGGCUUCUGAAAUCAUCUCCAAAAUCCCGGUCAGUUAUGACAAUGGCUUAGCAUCUGGUUCCCUCUUUUUCUUUCCUUCUACCGUCAAUAUUCAUAAUGAACUUGGUGUCGAUUUUGAGAUACGGUUAUGUCCUGCACUCCAGAAGAAACCUAGAUUGCCUACGCCGCACUUUAACGGCGGCGCAGAUGAACCUGUAACGGAACCUUUGGCCAACGUCGAUCCUUUUGCUCCGCCGUACGACCCGGGGUUGCUUGUAGGAGAGCUUAUCAGCGAAGAGAUCUCCCAGCAGUAUGUCGUAUUGAUGAACAAAUACAGUGUCGUACCACGACAUUUCCUUCUCAUCACCAAGGAAUACCAAUCGCAAACAUCGCCUCUCAUGCCUGACGAUCUUCUACAAGCUUAUGCGCUGCUGGUCGCGGGAAAGAAAGCAGGCAAGAAGAUGUUUGCCUUUUACAAUUGCGGAGACCUCAGCGGAGCCAGUCAACCACAUAAACAUCUUCAGUUCAUCGAAACCGAAGACGAAGGACCCCCGAUCGAAGUUUUGGCAGGCUCAAUAUCAUUAGAAAGCCCGGGCAAGCCUUUUUCAAUUGAGCGGCUACCAUGGGCCAACCACGUUUUUCGUUUUCCGUCAAAUUUGCCCUCUUCCCCUGUUCAUAAACGUGAACCUAUCCUUGCAGAUGCUUUUAUAUCAUUAUUAGACCUGGUUAUUUCGACUGUUCGCUACGAUCCCACUUACCCAGCGGGUCUUCCUUCGUACAACGUUAUACUGACGUUGGAGCAUAUGCAUCUUAUUCCCAGGCGCUUCGAAAAUCAUACUCUAGAGAGCACUGGCGACGAUCUUAGCGUCAAUUCGAUGGGCUUUGCUGGUAUGUUAUUGGUAAAAAGUGAACGUGAAUUGGAAGCAGUGAAGACGGAAGGCUUGGGCAAGAUCUUGCGGUCGGUGGCGCUGCAAAGUGUGCAUGACCUUCAGGUCGCUGGAAGCACAAGGGACAUAGAUGGCGAUGCCACCUCGAUGCUAUGAUCGGUUUUAGAAUAUUUGUAGGGACCUUUGUAAAAUUGUAUACACGACGGAGUAGAAUCUAUGCACGGCCAGUAAUCUAAUCUCAUUUUAUUGCACAGCCACCCUCC